AUGGAGAGUUGUAUAAAACAGAAAAACGAUCCUCUUUCUGAUGGGAAUCAAGAGGAUCCCGACACUCUACCACCGGCAGCAUGCAAACGAGAAGCAGAUCCUUCGGUCACAGGUGGUCUCAUUUACGAUGGAAUAUGCGACACUCCUUCGAAAUAUCUCACUUUUCCAUUGCAGCACCCACGGUUGAAAAGAGCACCCCGAGCUGCCUUAGGCCACAGUGAACCAGUCCAACGUCCAUGUUUUCCAGCUCCUUUAAUAACGUGUCUCGGUUCUGGACGAAUGCGUGGAAGGAAAUAUCAAAGAAUUAACGACCUCGAAAGCCGUGACCCGCCUUUGAAAACUGAGUUAGGGUGUGCCUUGAGCAAUGACGCUCGAAUUAUCAGGAAAUAUAGAGCAUGGGCUGCGCGCAUGCAGAUGGAAGGGUUUAAGAAGACAGCGCCCCGACAAAUUGGGUUUAUGGGUCGGCCUGGCAGCCCGCUUUCUGAAUUCCUCAGCAGUGUAUCAGAGCAAGGCGGUUUUCCAGAGCAAAUGCGUGGGAGCACAGCCAUGUUGGGUUCAACCGAGGAAUCGCCUACCCCAAAUCAUGUUUUCGCUCGCCCGAUAAGCAAUGACAUUCUUCCUCUGGUGUCACCGCCUCAAGCUAUCACAGCAACUUCUGCUCCUUCGGUGCCUCGAGAAGCGAUGUCAUCAGGCCCCUGUGAUGGCCCCGAACGGGCUAGACCACAGCAGCAGCAGCAGAGGUCAUUCAAGAUUUCCAAGCAAAAAAGAGCAGCCAGGCGAGCACUACCUUUAUGGCGCAGGCUGACUGACUCGGAGGUUCGGCUACUUUAUAGUUUGGAUAGGAAGCUGGAAUGGCUGCUGAGCGAGUGCGAUCCAGGUCGAAAACCAUUUCACUUCGCCAUCCUUCCAAACCAUUGGCUGAAUCCACACACGUGGAUUGUUUAUGACCCGCCUUCCCGCGUCACAAUUGAUGUCAGACGUCGAUAUGGUGAUCCUCGAUAUAAUGUACCGUUCCCAGAUCCGUAUGCUGAACCAAGAAGGGGGAAAUAUGCUGUGACUUCCCACAAAAGAGCUUAUACGCCGCGUAUCGACUCUUGGAGGAUUGCCGUCAACCGACAACGCAGAUCCGCUGGUCUACGAGAUUUCCUUAAGACGGUGGAGUUGUUCGACAGUUCGGCUGAUGAGCCGCCGGACGGGGCUGUCGAUCCAGCCUGUUGGAUUCUACGUAAGCCACCGCAAGGGUUUGGCAUGUCGACGCGUCAGAGGAACGCUUACUAUGAAGGAGGUGCGGGUUGGCAGGAGAAAUUAGAUGACUGGCAAAAGGUUGGCCGACUGUACCGGAUCCGGAUGGGUAUCCACGAAGGAAAAGUCAAUCGAAGAAGAGCCAAAGAGAUUGUAUGCGGCAUCGGGAGGGUGUACCAGGAAUCCAUCAAGAAGAGAGGUGGCAGCUUAGCCUCGAGUCCGGGAAGGCAGGCUCACAACGUUGAGAAGCAACGGAAACAGGCACGAUCUGGAAAUGGGGCGUUGCAAUAG